AUGGAGAACUCAACCCAAGUCAAGUUAUUUUAUCUCUUUGGCUUACAAGAGACAUUUAUCAACAAAUCGGUCUAUUUUACCUUGUCUCUUAUCACAUACCUUCUCAUCAUCACUGUGAAUCUGACUCUGAUCAUAACAAUCAUUCAGGAGAAAGGUCUCCAUGAGCCCAUGUAUAUCUUUCUGUGUAGUUUAUGUGUCAAUGGAUUGUAUGGAACUGCUGGUUUCUACCCCAAGUUGUUACUGGACCUUCAGUCAGAUGUUCAGGUGAUAUCUUAUGGUGGAUGUUUCACUCAAGCCUAUGUAAUAUACACAUCUGUCAUGUGUGAAAUUUCUACUUUAACAGUGAUGUCUUACGACAGGUAUGUGGCAAUAUGCAGACCACUAUUAUAUCAUACCAUUAUUGUAAGGACUUGUGUAAAGUCAGCUAAGGGAAGGAUUAAGUUCCCACAGACAUGUGUGCCACAUUUAAUAACAAUAUUUAUUUUCAUCACGGUGACCCUGUUUGACAAUUUGCAAGGGUGGAAUAACGUAAAUAGUACACUAAAUAUGCGUAAUGCAAUGGCCGUACAAUUCCUUGUUAUACCACCUGUCUUAAACCCUCUCAUAUAUGGAGUUAACCUCCAGCAGAUUCGAAGGGCAGUUUUUAGAAAGUGUAAUGCACACAUAAUCAUUGAUAUGAAACGUUAGUUACAUGA